UGGCGCGGGGAGAGGGAGCAGCCGUCGCCGAGCUGCGCACACGUCCCCGAGCCGCCUAUGGAGCUCUUCGAGACCAACCCGUAUUUCUUCCCGGAGCAGAGGUUUUACGAUGGGGAAAACUUUCUGGGCUCCCGCUUGCAGGCCUACGAGCCCGCGGCGUUCCCCGAGCGCGCCGAGGCGGCCCUGUGCGCCGAGGGCAGGGCGGCUCUGGAGGACAAGGAGGCGCUGGCCGAGCACUGUCCCGGGCAGUGCCUGCCCUGGGCCUGCAAGGUGUGCAAGAGGAAAUCCGUGUCCAUGGACCGGCGGCGCGCGGCCACGCUGCGGGAGAAGCGGCGGCUCAAGAAGGUGAACGAGGCGUUCGAGGCUCUGAAGCGCAGCACCCUCCUGAACCCCAACCAGCGGCUGCCCAAGGUGGAGAUCCUGCGCAGCGCCAUCCAGUACAUCGAGCGGCUGCAGAGCCUGCUCAGCUCCCUCAACCAGCAGGAGCGGGACCAGCGGGAGCUGCGCUUCCGGCCCCAGCCCGCCGCAGCCAGCGACUGUGGGUCCAGCAGCUCCUCCUGCAGCCCCGACUGGAGCAGCCAGCUGGAGUUCAGCACCAACCCUGCAGAUCACCUCCUGGCCGAUGAGGCAGCCGAGGAGCGCAAUCUGCACUCGCUGUCCUCCAUCGUGGAGAGCAUUGCUGUGGAGGACGUGGCUGUGACGUUCCCGGAGGAGGGGGGUCAAAACUGAGCUGGUGCAAACCCCGGCGUCUCCUUGAAAUGGUAACGGGGUGGGAAUGAGAUGCCAGAAGGGUCCAGCUGCUGGAAAUCACAUCCACCCCUCCAGCUGUGGGCUGCACGGCUGACACCACUCGGCUCCCUCCCUGCUCCUCGGAGCGCUCCUGCCAGGUUGCAAGAAGAACAGGCAGAGGUGGGGUGGGGCAGCAGCCGCAGGUCCUGGAGGGGCUUCCCAGGGCCAGGCCCUGCUCCACUGCUCAGCCAGGGAUGGGCGGGUUUAGGGCCAAUGUGUGUGCUGGGUUCGCUUUGCUGAGUUUUCCAGGUGCUCCUUGACCAAGGUCUCUGUCCAGCCGGUGUCCGGUGGUGCUGACCCAGAGCCCACCUGUCUUUUCUACUGAACGCUGUGUGCAGUUGCCAUUUAGGGUUUUUUUAAUUAUUAUUUUUGCUAACUUAUUUGGAUUCUUUUUUAAAUAAAGGCAUUCUUG